GAUGAUUGUUGCAUCUCGUCAGAUCAAAGGGUACCCACUUGGAAUUCUUUAUACCAAAUUAUGCAUUAUUAACGAUCUUUCAAAAUGUCAUAUGGCCAGUUCACAUCAACCCACCCGUGAAGAAAGAGAGAAAGGGAUAUUUGUUUUUGUCUUAUUUGGGAGAGAGAGAGAGAGGCAACCCAGAUGGGUAUUAAAAGGUGUAAGUUGAGGCUGAAGUCUCCGAAAAACUUGGGGGGUUUGGAGAAGAGAAAAGCUUAGGCCAUAACUCAAAGGGUGGUUGUCCAUAAGCCAUAUAGCUAGCUACCUUUCCUCCGGUUACUCAUGGAAAUCUCACACAUCAGGAGCUUGGCAGAUUUCGGAAUGGAGGAUCCCGGCUUCGUUCCUAUGUGGCAAUUCAACUCUUUUGGUGAACCAAGCACAGCAUCAGUGGCAGAUUCAUUUGAGGGGAAUUUACAUCACUCUUUCACCCACCAGAUGUUCGAUGUUAAACCAUGCCCAGAAACACCUUACACCGGUGCCAGUAGGCCCGUGAAAUUACAAAAAACCAACAGUUGGGAUUCGUCCAUAACCGAUCUUGGAUCAAACCCACCAGCCAAUUCUUCUCCCAACCUAGUCUCUUUUUCCAAUUCAUCAAAUUAUGCAAAUCAAUUUGGAAUCUUAACGCCUAAAGAGGAUACUCAAGAUUCAUUUGGCAACCAAAAUUAUGUAUUGAAGGCUUCUCAAGGAGCUAAGAGGAUUAGCACAAACACUAGAUUUCCAAGCAAUCAAGAUCAUGUCAUGGCUGAGAGAAAGAGGAGAGAGAAGCUCAGUCAAAGGUUCAUUGCUUUAUCUGCCAUAAUCCCUGGCCUAAAAAAGGUGGACAAGGCUUCUGUGCUUGGAGAUGCUAUCAAGUACUUGAAACAACUCCAAGAGCAGGUGAAGACACUUGAAGAACAGGCGAGAAAGCAAUCCACAGAAUCAGUUGUGUUGGUGAGGAAAUAUGAGCUUUAUGCUGAUGGGGAAAACUCUUCUUCGGGUGAGAAUUCCCCAGGUGGCCCCUUUGAUGAGCCCCUCCCAGAGUUAGAAGCCAGGUUUUGUGACAAAAAUGUGCUCAUAAAGAUCCAUUGUGAGAGAACGAAAGGAGUUGUGGAAAAAACGGUUGCUGAAAUUGAGAAGCUCCAUCUAUCCAUCAUCAAUAGCAGUGUCAUGGCUUUUGGAACUUCUACCUUAGAUAUAACCAUUUUGGCUCAGAUGGAUGCGGAAUUCGCCAUGUCAAUGCAGGAUCUUGUGAAGAACCUACGUGCUGCUCUUAAGCUCUUCAUGUGAAAGAAAUCCAAAAAAGCAUCUCUCCUUUUCCGUUUGCUCGCUUUUUUCCUUAAACUGUCGGUUGGAAAUAACGCUUUUUCCAAAUUUCAGUACUCAGGGCCUGGAGUAAUCCACCAUUUUAGACCAUCUUCCUUGAAGCUUGUCACUUUCUUUUUUUUUUCUUUUCUUUUCUUUUCUUUUCUUUUCUUUUUUUAUCAGAGCCUUUAAGCUUUGUUUUCCAUGAGGUCUUUUUUGGAGGAGGGGUUUUUUCUGCCAAUUUUUUCAAAGUUGAGUAGUUGACCAUGUUAAUCACCCACCUUUUGUUAAGUAAUGACCUUAUGGCUUGAUUAAACUUUUUUUUGGGGAGGUUGAAAAUUCAACUAAACCUCUGUUUUGUCACUUUCUGUGACCUUUAAAAGUGGUUGAAAAUAGGGAGAUGGUCUUUUUUUCCAAACCUUGCCUUUUUGGUGGACGACAACAGGCCUUUGUAUGAGUGAAAUGUUUGGUCAGUGUUUUAGAGGCCUCUUGAUGUUGUUUGUCGGGGUCUCUUUUCCCUUGUAACUUUGUAUUUUCCUUGUAACUUUGUAUUCUCCUUGUAACUUAGUAAGUCAUGUGUAAUGUAAUACUAGUUCUUUUGACAAUAAUGAAAGUACUUUGGCUGUUUCUUGAA